AUGGUCUUCAAUGGUGAAAUUUAUAACUAUCUGGAGCUGCGUGACGAAAUCGGUGAUCGUUGGUCGUGGCGAACCCGGGGCGAUACCGAGGUUCUCAUGGCUGCAUGGUCUUUGUGGGGAGCUGCAUGCCUCGACAAACUGGUGGGCAUGUUUGCUUUUGCCAUCCAUGAUUCGCAACAGGGUGAGUUGACACUGGUUCGAGAUCGCUUUGGCAUCAAGCCACUUUAUCGGGUGAAAGUGGGUGAAGCGUUUUUCUUUGCAAGCGAAAUUCCGCCGCUGCUGCGAUUUCUGCCGAAUAUUCAGGCCGACAAUUCCACGGUGUUGACGUAUCUGCAGGACGGGCUUUACGACCACGGCGUGCAUACUUUUUUCUCGGGCGUUGAAUCAGUCGCGCCAGCCAGUCUGGAAGUGGUCAAUCUAAAAACAGGUGCGGUAUCGGCGCGGCAGUGGUACAACCUUGUCGAGCACAUCCCUGAUCUGUCUGGCGCAUCUGAGAGCGAAUUACUCGACCGAACCGAAGAGCUGAUAGUACAAGCCGUGCGCUCACACUUGGUUUCUGAUGUCGCUGUUGGACUCAAUGUUUCAGGCGGUGUUGACUCUUCAAUGCUGGUUCGAACCACUCUGGCAGAGCUUGGUCAUGCACAUCUUUUCACGCAGGAUUACGAAGGCUACAGCGAGCUCCCAUGGGUUAAGGAGGUUUCCCAGGGAGGCACCUUGCACGUUGCAAAUCUGAAUUUGCAAAAAAUCAACGCCUAUUUACCUCAAACUGUAAAGUCCCAGGCGGAGCCUUUUGGAGGCGUGACUGUGUGUGGGUACAACGCGCUUUACAAGAUGGCUCAGGAAGAAGACGUAACCGUAUUGCUUGAUGGCAAUGGCGUUGAUGAGGUUUUUUUGGGGUACAAGCGCUAUCACCAGAUUUAUGUGGCGAGCGCCGCAUCGCCAGUUGAGCGUCAGCUCUUGUCCAAUGACUUUGAGGCAUUCUGGAAAGAACGUCCGAAAGAAGUUCGGGCCGGCGCAUCAAUCGACGGAACAGAUGGUCUGUGCCCCCAAGCCAUUACCGCGCAAUUACGCGCAUGCACGCCUCACGUUGGUCCUUCGCAGUCAAGGUUUUCCAGUCCGGCUCGACAGGCGGCAGCAGAUGACCUGCUGCGGGCCAAGAUUCCCCGUGGCUUGCGGUUUAACGACCGGGUGUCAAUGGCGCAUUCCCGGGAGUUACGGGUUCCCUUUUUGGACCACCGUCUUGUCGAGUUUGGUUUUGGUAUCCCUGAGAAAUUCCUGUUUGGAGCGCAGGGGUCGAAACUUUUGUUUCGCAAGUUGCUGGCUAAGCGUGCAUCUGCCGCCGUGGCGUUUUCGGCCAAACGUUCUGUGCAGUCUCCGCAGAGGGAGUGGCUGGCACAAGGAUGGCAUAGCCUGGUAAACGAAAUUUUGAAGUCCAAAAGUUUUCUUGAGCGCGAGUGGGUAGACCCGAAAAAAGCCAGGCAGGCAUAUGAGCUGUAUCUUUCAGGAAAACAGGAGAAUUCUUUCUUUAUCUGGCAAUGGGUGAACCUCGAGCUUUGGGCGCGAACUUUUCUUGACCGGAAUGUCGCGUCAUGA